ACUCUGUGUGGCUGCAGAGUGCUCUCGGAGCGAUACACGGGGGAGAGGACAGCAGGAAAGGUCCCGGCCUUCUCCCGGAACCGUCCGUGUCCCCUCAGGCACGUGGCGGGGGACCGGCGAUCCCGAGCCCUGCCUGCGCGCCCUCCGUGGCACACAUCAUUAUUUUCCUUUUGCUGGAGGUAGCCCCCAGGCCUCCUGAGUUGACUUUGUUAAUCCACUGCAGUUUCUGCGUUUUGGGUAAUCCUCGGAGUGCUUCUCUUCUAUGAACUUUUUGUGUGACUUUGCCGCAUUGUGAAAUUCCGGCUUUUGAGGUAUCAGGGCACAAGUCCCGAUAUUUAGUAGCUUUCCAGUCUAUCAGAUCAGGACUUCUCUACCUCCAGGCAGGUGCUUGCAGCCCCUUGCAGGUGACUUUCAUUCGGGUUGCACACCACGGGCCAGCAUUUCUCGGUGUGUGCUACAAACACCUUGGAUGAUGAGCGGCUUGUCUCAAAGACUGACUUGGGCAGCUUGGAAAAAACGCAGACAACUAGAUUUAACUCCAUUUCAUGCUCUCUGUCUUUUGAUCAAGGUUACUCUUAGAAUAAGAUCUUUUCUGAAGUUGCACAUGUGCUUUUUAUAUUCUUAGUAAAAGAUCUAACGGGCUAACACUGUCCUCUUCUUCCUCCUUCCCAGAGAAGAACAGCAUGGCUUUCCAGAUGUAUUUCUAUUCCAUGGCCUUUUAGCAAUCCUUCCUAAUGUUUUCUUAUCACCUGUUCUCCACGUGGUCAUAACAACAGAUGAAAUAAAUGUACUGGGGACCAAAGACUGAAAAUGGAUGAUGAUGAUGACGACAUUCCCCAGCUUUCAUCCCAUACAUUGGCUGCCCUCCAGGAGUUCUAUUUGGAACAGCAGCAGAGAGAGGGCAUGAAGACCUCCCAAGGGUUUAAUCAAUAUUCCAUUGGCUCAAUAGAAGAAGACUGGCAACUGAGCCAGUUUUGGUACAGUGAUGAAACCGCAUCAUGCCUGGCUAAGGAAGCAGCUCUGGCAGCUGGAAAAGGUGGCAGGAUAGCAUGCAUUAGUGCACCGAGUGUGUACCAGAAACUGAAAGAACAGGAUGGUGAGGAUUUUUCCGUGUGUAUACUGGAAUAUGACAGAAGGUUUUCUGUGUAUGGAGAAGAGUUUAUCUUCUAUGAUUACAACCACCCUUUGGACUUGCCUGAAAAUCUCCUGCCACACAGUUUUGAUAUCGUAAUAGCAGAUCCACCCUAUCUGUCUGAGGAAUGUCUUCAAAAGACUGCAGAGACCAUCAAAUACCUAACCAAAGGAAAGAUUCUGCUUUGCACAGGUGCAGUCAUGGAGGAACAGGCAGCAAAGCAUCUUGGUGUGAAGAUGUGCAAGUUUAUUCCAAAACACUCACGAAAUUUAGCCAAUGAAUUUCGAUGCUAUGUGAACUAUGCUUCUGGACUGGACUGAUUCUCCUGCGGUCAUCUGCAAAUCUACAACUUUUUCAGUCAAGCUUCUUUCUGUUUACUGCCAGUUAUGCCACAUUUCUCAGGGCUGAAAUAGUCAGCUCUGAGUACUGUUUUCUGGGAUGGCUGGAAUCAACACAGUGUGAUAGCCUCUCUCUUUUAAAUGAGUAAGCAUUUCCAGUUACUGUGUUUUAUAUUAGGUAAAUGCAGACCAAGCAAUGCAGGUGCUGGAUAAUGGAAACAUCUUUGUUAGAGUUUCAUAUUAACUGGUAGCUUUUACCAUUUGAGGACACAUCAGUGACCUAUUUGAAGUGAUUGUAGCUUAUAACAACAUAUAGGUGUUUGCCUUGCAGGCAUCAGAAUCGUCAUUGCCAAAGAAUGUGAUACUUCUGUAGUAAUGUGACCCACACAUGUCCCUUAAAUCUUGAAUCAUAAUGGCUCUGAUUAAAUAUAAUGCUUACUUUUUAAUAAUUUCAAUAUCAAACUAAAGAGGAUCUACAGAUGUGUAAAGUUACAAGAAUGGUUAUGA